UUUAAGUAAGCGACCUUUUCCCUUCCCCUUUUUAAGCAAUAUUUUUUGUGUGAAUCAAUAACACAAAAUAAAUUUAAAUACAUAUUGCAUGGAGGAAAUAACCCUCAUCGUCGCCGCCAUUAUAACAUUGGCCUCCGCCUUCCUCCUCCACCGCACUUUCUUCCUCCGCCGUAGAUUCCGCCUCCCCCCUGGUCCGAAACCAUGGCCGAUAGUAGGAAACAUGCCGCAGAUCGGCGGAGCGCCUCUCCACUCUCUCCUUGCCGCCAUGGCCGGAAAGUACGGACCACUGAUGUACCUCCGCUUAGGCUCAGUGGACAUGGUCGUGGCGGCAUCCGCGGCUGUGGCAGAGCAAGUCUUGAAGAUUCACGACACUAAUUUUCUUAGCCGGCCGCCAAACGCCGGUGCAAAAUAUAUUGCUUAUAAUUAUCAGGAUAUGGUUUUCGCACCGUACGGUCCACGGUGGCGAUUGCUCCGGAAGAUCAGCGCCGUCCAUCUCUUCUCAUCAAAAGCUCUAGAUGAUCAUCGCCGUAUACGGCAGGAUGAGAUAUCGGUGCUAGUACAAGCCCUUGCAAGGUCCGGCGAAGCUCCGGCGAACUUGGGGAGCUUGCUCACCGUGUGCAUUGCGAACUCCCUUGGACGGACAAUGAUCGGGCGGCGUGUUUUCGGUGAUGGCAGCGGUAGCGACGAUUUAGAGUCAAAUCAAUUUAAGGCAAUGGUGGAGCAAGUGAUGGUGCUGGCCGGAAAGUUCAACCCCGGCGACUUUUUCCCAUGGCUUGAGAGGCUCGAUUUGAUGGGUGUGGGCAGUGAGAUGAAGAAGGUCCAUAAAUGGUUCGAUGAUUUUUUGACUAAGAUCGUGGAGGAGCAUCGGAAUUUGUUGGCCAGAGGUGGCGGUGGUAGUGGCGGCGGCGGCCACCAAGACUUGUUGAGUACUCUUCUGUCGAUGAAGGAUGAAGGUGUAGAUGAGAACGAGAAGCUAAAUGAUACUGAGAUCAAGGCUUUGUUGUUGAACAUGUUCACAGCUGGAACCGACACGUCAGCAAGCACAGUUGAAUGGGCCUUGACAGAGCUCAUAAGACAUCCCGAAAUGAUGGCCCAGGCCCAACAAGAACUGGACUCUGUAGUCGGUCGUGAUCGGGCAGUUUCCGAUCUGGACUUACCUCAACUAGUCUAUCUCCAGGCCGUGGUGAAGGAAACUUUCCGGCUCCACCCACCGACGCCGCUCUCCCUCCCUCGCAUGGCGUCCGACAGCUGCGAGGUCAACGGAUAUCACAUCCCCAAAGGCUCCACUCUCUUAGUCGACGUAUGGGCCAUCGGUCGUGACCCAAAAGAAUGGGUCGACCCACUCGAGUUCGGGCCCAAUCGGUUCCUCCCCGAUGGCGAGAAGCCCCACGUGGACGUAAAGGGAAAUGAUUUUGAGGCGAUUCCGUUUGGGGCUGGGCGGAGAAUAUGUGUGGGUUUGAGUUUGGGCUUGAGGAUGGUCCAGAUGUUAACAGCUACGAUAGUCCAUUCAUUUGAUUGGGCCUUGCCUAAUGGGCUUACACCUGAUAAAUUGAACAUGGAUGAGCAUUAUGGGCUUACUCUUCGUCGGGCCCAACCUUUGGUUGUGCAUCCACGGCCCAGGUUAUUGCUUGGGGUUUAUCAAAAAUUGCCUUAAAUUUGUUAGUUUUAAUUUUUUUUUUCUUUUAUUGGGUUUAAGUUUUCUUCUUCUGUUUGAUUUUGAAAAUUAGUAAUAAUAGUUUGGGUAAAUCGUAAAAACUAUCUCAAAAGUAUAGUGGUAGCCCUCGAGCUUAUCCAAACUUUAAAGCUGAACUCUGAAAUUUCAAAUUUAUAUAAUCGUAUAAAUUACACUGAUUAUAUAAGUUUGAAUAUUUAAUUUUCACAAAACUUGAAGUUCCGAUUUUAACAAUUUUACAAGUUUGGUGAUCCAUUUAUUAUUAUCGAAAGUUCGAGGGUGUAAUUGUAACUACCACCUUCUUUUAAUGGUAGUUUUUGUAAUUUACACAAAUAGUUUAUGAGUGCUUGUUCAAUAUGUCUUUUGUUGGUUUAUUGUAAUAUUAAUUAUGCCUAUUUAAACUUAUAAAAAUCGUAUUAUUUA